AUGUUGGGGCCAUCACUACCGCUACGUGUGACCGCCUGCAGCUACUUCCGCCUUGAGUGCGCCCAUGAGCAACUCUUCCACUCUGAGUACAAGAGGAGCAAUCGCACCAAGGGGCUCAAGAUCCUGCGCUGUUUCCCGCACUGCUGUCCCGAGCAUAUCGACCGAAGUUAUUGCGGAUCGUCAUUGAGCGUGAGAGUUCAGCUAGCUGAACGUCCGGCUGGAACUGCCCCACAUGAGCCUCCACCCAGUGAGGUGCUGGCAGUCUUUGCCCGAUUCGAAGCCGUUAACGAUGUGAGUCUCCGCCCCGGAGAAUGCGUCGAGGUGGACAAGAUCCAGCAGGGCGUGCAGACGGAAUCCAAUCUUGACGGUCAAUGGAUCGCCGGGGUGUUGGACCGCCCUUCGGGGUUGGUGGUCACGAUCCGAGGCUCGGAGGCUGAGUCCGAUGAGGAGAAACCUUUAGUCUUUCACCUGAAUAGUAAAGCGUUUCCGAGAUGGUACUACGACUGGGAAAGCGGUGCUAACAAGGCGCAGAGACUCAUGAAACAUACGUUGAAAGCGUAUGUGAUGGAACGCGUCGCCGUGGACAUGGACGACAAUUUCACGACCAUUUCAAGUCGAGAGGCGUUCACUCAGCUGUAUCGCGUGCUGCAUGUGGUAUCGUCGCCUGAGUUUACAGUCAUUUCGUACCGACGAGCACCACUGGAUCAAUUGCAAGCUGCACAAGCACAUGCUGCAGCGCAAUUGGCCAAGGGACAGACUCUGCAACAAGUGAAGGGAGAGCCACUUGGACUUCAAGUCGGAGGUGCGUCGCCCAGCACUCUCCGGGCUAUGGGCAUGUCGAAUCAGAUGCUCCAGCAAAGUGUUUACUCGCCGGCGCAUAACGCGAGCGUGAUGCCAAUCGUUGGCGAACAUGGCGUUAUUAAUACAGCGUGGAGUGGGAGAAUUUCCUCGCGAAGAGGUAAUUCGUAUGAUGAUGAUGAUGAUGCCAAGCGUCAGCGUCGGAUUCCUUCGACAAGGCCAAGUGGUCAGGAAAUGAUACACCCGCUCGAAGAUAAAUUGUUCUGGGAGCACGUCAAUGCGCCCGCCGUGGCGGUAUCCAAGAAUAUGGCUCUAGUUUUCGCUUUCGUCCGCUGGGCUCCUGUAAGACUUUAUGCGCCGUUUGUGGGUGAACUUGUGGACUCGAUCAAGCUCAAAAUGCUUACUGUUACCACGUCGACGUCGAACGCGAAGAAAGCCAAUAAGAUGGAUUGUUUCUCGCGGCUACUGCUUCAGCACGCUCGCAUAGAGGAGAAUUUACGAGCUGCUGGAGGCGCUAUAUUCCCGCUAGAGCUGGAGACUUUACUUCGAGUGGCCUCCCAGACGGUGCUGUGGUUGUUCUCUGGGGAGACGCUUGGCUGGGUACGAGAGUUUUUCUGUCUCAACGCCGCCCUUGUAUUGGACAAGAAGGCGAUCCGUUCAUGUUUUAUUCAGUUUCUGCAUGAACUAGAGAAGCGUCUAAACACUGAGGUAGUUGCGGCCUCUAUACUGCGUAGCCUGUCCAACGUGGCGGAACAAGUGAUUGCAGCGGUGUAUUCGCAUGAAUGUUUCCACAGCCGUCGACCGUUAGUGCGGCACAUCCUAAGUGGCCAAAGUUUCGCUGGAUGGAACAUGUUUGUUGCUCAGAUGCGAGAAACGUAUAUUAGCACUAUGAGCUCGGCCAGCCCUUCCCAAUCUAUCGAGCGUAACGCCACUUUUAAGAUGACUUUCCCUCCUCGCAAUGCUGUCGAGCGCAGCUGGAAUGGACAAUGGGUCUUGGACAUGGACGAUGUCCAGUGGGAUGUCAACGAGGUUAGUUCUUCUCCUGGUCGCAAGAUCAAUGCUGAUCCGAGAGUGCCGGAUGUGUCGCUGUUCUCAUUGGUCGAGCUUAUGUCACAAGUCGUCCGAUUUGAGCUAGCGAUUGACAUUGAAAGCAGGUCUGUUCGUGUCCGAGCGCCACAAAGUUUGGCUGGACGUUUGGAUUGUAUGCACCUGGUGCUAGACGGCAAAGCUCGCGUGUUUCGUAUGUUUCCGAACGGGAUCUCGUCGUAUGCCGGAGAAGGAUCUCAAGGAGAUUACUUUGGUGAAAUGCGCGUCGAGGCACCGGGCCAACUGGUCAUUUUCCUCGAGAUCUUCCGCUGGUCACUGGAAGAAGGCACUCCGUCCUACCAUGUGCGCUCAUGUAUCGAGUUCCACAGAAAUGGGCGGCUGGCUGUCAGAGGUGAUAUCCUGGUGACUACAGGGCCGAGCACAUUCACAGCAGAAGAAAUUCCGUACGUGGGAGAAAUGAGUCUGCGUGCCAAGCGUAAAUCAGUUGAAAAGGCUGCCGCAAGGCAUUCCCAACCAGCCUCAGGUGUGCCGAGGAAUAAUUCGCCCGUUAUUCCCUGGGGUGAGUAUGGCAGGUUCCAGUUGUGUUAUAACAAGGUAUAAAGUGAGCUGAAGACUUGAACGCGUUCAUGUUGCUGCAGUGAAGAGCGUAACAAAUCGUGCGUGUAAAAAAGAUAAAUAAAAUAUUGUGCAUACGA